AUGGAAGCAACACAUCCUCUUUCAAUUGAAAGUUUUUCAUAUAGUUGCUUAGUGAACCUUAAACCAUCCCUUGAUCAAAGCCUUGAUAGUUCUUCUUCUUUUAGAAUUUCUGUUGAUACUUCUGACGAAUUAGGUUCAUCUUUCAUUGAAAUGGAUCCAAGAAUGCCAUCUUCUAGAAGAUUCUUUAUAAACUCACAAGAUCUCAAAUUUGAUUUUCCAAUUUCACAACAAUCUUCUCUCACUAUUCUUGUUGACGCUGAUCAACUCUUUUCCAAUGGUUACUUAAUGCCAUUUGGUAAUGACUCAUCAAAUUUAAAUUCAACCAUACCUUCUUCUUCCAUAUCACAUGACCCAAAAAAAGAGAUUCCUAUAGAAAAUUCUAGAACUCCUUCAUUGAAAAGGUGUGGAACAUUAUCAAGGAGAUUGUUUCAAAAGUACUUGAAUAUUUUGAAGUCUUUGUGUAGAAUAUUGAGGGGUCAAAAAUCAGGAUCAAAGCAUGAAAAUGGUGUUAAAAGAACUCAAUCAAUGAAGAAUAUUAGAGGAAAUUACUGUGAAUCAUCUCCAAGAAUUAGUGUUACUUAUUCCACGGACGAUUGGCGCAUGUCUUGUGAUUCUGAUAGUUCAAUUUAUGAAGCUGUUCUUCAUUGCAAAAGAUCUUUUGAAAGAAUGAGUUAA